AUGGUAACAGAAUGGGGUAAUGGCUGCUUAUCUAUCCUAAAUAAAGAAGGGCUAAAACUAGCUUCGAUCGGUGGAGAAGAUGGAAUAGGAUCUAUCAAGUUUGUCUCUCCCCGUGGUGUUGCCAUGACACAUGACAAUCUCAUUCUGGUUACUGACGACCACAGAAUAUGCAAGAUAGCAAUGAAUGGUAACUGCAUUGCAUCCGUUGGUGAAAAAGGGCAUGGUAGGCUACAAUUUAAUACACCCUCUGGUGUCACAGUUUCUCCUAUAACUGGCCAAAUUUUUAUAGCUGAUCGUUACAAUCAUCGCAUACAAGUACUCAAUCAAGACCUAACUUUCUCACAUUGUCUUGACAAGCAGGGAACUGGUCCUGGAGAAUUCUUUAAACCUCGUGGUGUUGCCUUUGAUACUGAAGGAUCAUUCCUGUACGUUGCUGACUGCAAUAAUCACCGGAUUCAGAAAUUUACUCCAGAAGGAAAGUUUGUGGCUCAGUUUGGCAGUAAAGGAUCUGAUCCUGGUCAGCUCUUUUCGCCUGGUGCUAUUGCUAUUGAUGAUAACAAUUUAGUGUAUGUUACAGAAUGGGAGAAUAGGAGAUUAUCCGUCUUUACCGGCAAUGGAGAUUUUGUUAGUAGCUAUGGUGGCAAUGGUAGUAGUAAUCAGUUUAACCUUCGACAGGUAUAG